AUGCUUUCCAUCAGAUCCAUCGCGCGCUCUGCGCCUAGAACCCUCACCCGCCUUACGGCCACCUCCCUCAGACAGACCGCCCGCCCGAGCGCAUUCGUCAAGGCCUCAUCAUGGAGCGGCCUUCAGAGCGCAUCCGCCUUUUCCAGCUCUGCCUUCAGAAAUACCACUGCCGGCGAGACCGAUGCUGAGCUGGUCGCCAAGCUCGACAGCGAGAUCCAGUUCGAGGAUGAGGUCAAGCAGAACGAGCAGCUCCCCGCCAGCGUCAAGGACUUCAUUGACAACAGCCCCUUCGAGCUCCACGACACCCCCGGCCAGGAGGAGGUCAAGCUUACCCGCAAGUUUGGCGAGGAGAAGAUCACCGUCACUUUCUCCAUUGCCGACCUCGCCAACUACGACCCCGAGAUCUACGACCAGGACCGCGCCCUCGACGACGAGUACGACCCCUCCGACAUCCAGAACCCCAACAAGGAAUCCGGCGUCCAGGCCGCCGGUGGCGCCCGCUCCGCCAACGCCGAGGAGGAGAUUGAGGAGGAAGACGCCGACCUCGACGAGGCCGCCCCCCCUUGCCGCAUGAGCAUCGUCGUUGAGAAGCCCGGCAAGACCCCCGGCGCCCUCAACAUCGACGCCACCGCCCAGGACGGCGCCAUCACCGUCGAGAACAUGUUCUACUACGAGGACGGCAAGCUGGCCCACGCCGGCUCCGCCGACCUCGCCCACGCCCGCGGCAACGUCUACCCCGGCCCCGCCUUCGGCAGCCUCGACGAGGACCUGCAGAUCCUGAUGGAGCGCUACCUCGAGGAGCGCGGCAUCACCCAGGCCCUGGCCGUCUUCGCCCCCGACUACAUCGACGUCAAGGAGCAGCGCGAGUACCUCCGCUGGUUGAACAACGUCAAGGGCUUCGUCAACGCCUAA